AUGGGUUGUACGGGUACAAAAAAUGAAAUUAAACAUGAAUCAAAUUUAAUUGAUAAAAAACAUCAAGAUGGUGAAGAAAUAAUUAAUGAUGGAUUCCGAAAAUGGUUAAAAUCAAAUCGUCCACGAGCCGAUGAUUAUGUUUUAAGAGAUAUUUUAUUAUCACAACAAACAUCAACUCAAACAAUUGAAUCAAUCGAAGAUGAUUAUCGAACAAUCGUCGCUAAAGCAUUAGAUUUAAUUUCAAAUCGAAAUGAUAUUAAAUCUAUAACAAAAUUGACAAAAGUUUUACAAAAAGAAAUAUCUACAGCAUCACCAAAAAAAGUUAAUCAAACACUUGAUAUUUUAAAACAGACGGCCGAUAAAUUACGUGAUGGCAAAAUAGUAUUGGACGGAAAUGGACAACAAACAAUUACUCUUAACGGAGAAGUGGUAACAAAUACUACUCCAACGAAAGAACCAUUGAAAGAAACAAAAAUUCAAUCAUCAUCUCAGCAUGGUUUUACAAGUACAUCUACAGAGCCUGGAAUUGGUCUACGUGAGGCACUAGAAACGGCGAGAAUAUAUUUUUACAAAGGAAAACAGGCAGCCAUAUUUGUUAAUCACCUUGGCGGUUAUGAUGUUAAAGUUAUUGACGACGCAGAUGAUGCAAAUCAUGAUGGUAACCUGUUACGUUCUGUUAUUGUUACUGAAGUUAAACUAAGACCAAAGACAACUACAACAACAGACAGAUCGGAACCAGAACACAAAAUUCUCGAUGGACAAGAAAUAAGUGAAGACUUUCGACGUUCAAUUGAUGCAGCAUUAGCCGGUCUCCAACAAAUCUAUCAUAAAACAUCUGUAACAGAUGCUACUCAACAUCAAACGCCUCACCGAUGUCCAAUACCUGUCAAUAUCUUACCAUCUAAUAAAACAGAAACUUCAAUUGUUCAACAAUCAACAUCACAUGGGAAAAUUAUUUCAACAACUCCUCAUCAUCCUGUCAUACAAUAUGGGAUGACAAAUAUGAUUGAUAAAAACAAAUUGAUACAUCCAUCAUCAAAAAAUGAUCUCGCACCUUCUUUAACUACGGAAUCAUCUGAAAAUAUAAUAUUAAAUAAUCAUGCAAAUAUCAAUAAAAUAUACGAUACACCAUCGCAUGAUUUAUCUAAGAAUGUUAAAAAAUCGACAAGUAUUGAUACGAGUAAUGAUCAACACCAAGAUGGAUCAAAGUAUUUGACUGACAUAGUAAGUCAAAUAGCUGAACGUCAAAAUCAAUUAAAUCAACAACUAACUGCAACAAAUUCAGAAAUAUUACUGCCACCAACAAUUGAUAUACAACCAAGAAUUGUACAGAUGAUCGAUAAUGUUAAUGAAUUAAUGAUGGAUUCAAUUGAAUCAACAACAAAAGCGGAAAUCGGUUAUCCAGUACCACCACCACGAUACGAUACUGUUGAAAAAUUAGUCUCGAUAGUACAACAAGAUAAUCAUACAAAUAUUGAACGUAUAGUACAGGAACUCAAAGAACAUGGCGAAAAGGCAUCAGUCGUGCCCUUACCACCACAAGAACAUCCAAAUAUUGAACAUAUUGUGAGAGAAUUAAAAGAACAUAGUGAGAAAAUGUUACAUGCCGAUAGAAAAUCACCAGCCUAUUCUGUCGGUAUUACAUCAGAACCUAUUACAUCAGGUAUAACAUCUACUCCAACAAAAAAAGAACAUACCAAAUUACGUCGUGAAAAUCGACCAAAAUCAUUUAUUAGUGACGAUAAAUUGUCAUCGAAUACUACAACAAAUCGUCAUAGUUUAAAUAAACAAAUAUCCGAAUCGUACUUAGAUGAUAUGACACAUUUAACACGAGUGGGUAUUUCAAAUCCAACACUUCAUACAUCAAAAUCAACAUCAUCGACAAAAAUUGAUGAAGAAAAAGAACAACAUCAGCAACAACCUGUUGUAUCGACAUCGGUUAAUUCUAUAAUCGAAGAAGAACCAGAAGUAAAAAGGUCGGUAGCAAAAACAGCAUACACAACCCAAGGUGAGACCAAACGAGGUCAAAAUGUUACAUAUACAGAAACAAUUACAUCACAAAAUAAUGGUGAACAUUCAUCACGUACAAUAACAGAAUCGUAUGAUGAACCAUUGAAUCACGAUAAAAAUGGUGAACAAACAACAACGCUAAAAGUUGUUACAAAAUCAGAGUUUUCAAGGCCUAAUUCGGGUGAAAGUAUUAUGGAACAGUCGGUUCAAGUAAUAACCGUCAAAGUCAGAAAUGAAACAAUCAAAACAACAAUAAAUAAUACAACUGAUGACACUGCCUACGAACGACGACCAGUUAGUGAAUUAGUUAAAAAUUUUGAACAAGAAACUUGA